AUGCUUCAUGCUAGUGUUGAUGAAAGUGAAAAAAUUUAUCAACAAGUUUCAAACGGCAAUAAUGCUUAUUCUUUUACAGCUUUGAAUGGUGGAAAUCCAGUUUUAACUUCAACUGUUGGAACAAAAGGUGUUCGUGAUUCUUAUUUGGUUGCUUCUCCUGAUCGAUCUGAAUUUUGGGCAAUUGGAACAGAUUUGAACACGCAUACACAAUCUUGGUCUGAUGCCGUUACACAUGGUAGCAAAUCGAUCGUGAUCUGGCAUACAACCGAUCUUGUGAAUUGGGAUACAAAUUAUCUCGCUCAAGUUGAUGAUGAUACUGCAGGAAUGGUUUGGGCACCUUCUGCUGUUUAUGAUCCAAAUACAAAACAAUACUUUGUAUUCUGGGGAUCUCAAUUAUUCGCUGAAGAUGAUCCAAAUCAUACAAAUGGACCGGUAACAAAGACACUUAUUCGUUAUGCCACAACGACUGACUUUAAAACCUUUUCAAGUCCACAAACAUACAUUAAUGGAGGCGAUCAAGAUCGAUUAGAUCAAGAAUUCCAAAGUCUUGGCGGUAAUUCUUAUGCACGUUUUACCACUGCAGGUGGUGCGGGUGUGAUUGAAGAGAUUUCACAAGACGGAUUACUUGGUACUUGGAAUCGUGUUGGAGGAUCGAGUAAUUAUAUCAACACCCAAUCACCAAGAGAAGGACCAACAUCGUUCCAAGAUAAUCAAGAUUCGUCAGAGUAUCAUUUAUGGCUUGAUGCUCCUCCGACUGAUGGAUAUGAAACCUAUUCCACGAAUGGUAUUCAAGGCGGUAGUUAUCCUGAAGAGAACGUUUCUGGGUUCCCAUCUGGAAUGCGUCAAGGUUCUGUUCUACCCAUCACACAAUCUGAAUAUGAGUAAG